CUUAGUUGCUUGUUUAUUCGUUUGUCAUCCAGCUAGAACCAACAUGUCUUUCUAUGAACUCAAGACUAUAAGUUGCAACUCCCAGCAAACCCCAUCCUCUCAUCCCGACGUGCUAUCGUGACCCAGAACCAAGAAUCAUGACACACGGUUCAGAUCUCGAGAGCAGCAACAAAUCCGAGCUGGAAAAACACCAGCCAGGCUCGGCCAUUGAUAGCGAGCACUCUCCAGCCGACAACUCCCAAGAGCACAAUGGCCCCGAGACCCCGCCCGAGUAUGCGACUGGGAUCCGACUAUUCCUCAUAAUAGUCACUAUCUUCGUGAGCACUAUCCUCGUCUCCCUGGAGAUCGGUAUCAUCGCGACCGCAAUCCCCGGCAUCACCUCCGACUUCCACCGACUCGACGACGUGGGCUGGUAUGGAAGCGCGACUUUCAUCCUCGCAGCCGCUGCCUCGCCGCUAUGGGGCAAGCUGUUCAAGUACGUCAACGUCAAGUGGACGUAUCUCAGCGCGGUCGGGAUCUUCUUAGUGGGUAGUGUUGUGGCCGCUGCAGCUCCGAAUAGCGUGUCCGUUAUCAUCGGCCGUGCCUUUCAAGGUUGGGGUGCCUCUGGUGUCCUCGGGGGCACCCUCAUCGUCAUCAACUACGUGGCUGCGCCGAGGAAUCACCCGCUUCUCAUCGGCACGUGGAUGGCUGUCUUCAUGGUGUCGACUAUUCUGGGACCGGUCAUUGGCGGUGCAUUCACGAGCGAGGUCUCUUGGAGAUGGUGUUUCUGGAUCAACUUGCCCGUUGGUGGUGUCAUCAUCGUUCUGUUACUGUUAUUCCUUCGCAUCCCCAAGCACAUCAAGAGUGCCCCGGCCACAUGGACGGAGAUCAUCCUCGCCCUUGAUAUACCCGGGUUCUGCUUGCUGCUCGUCUCUCUCGUCUGCUUGACUUUAGCAUUGCAAUGGGGCGGGCAGACCAAAGCAUGGAAUCACGGCUCUGUAAUCGCCACCCUGGUCCUUUGGAUCGUCCUCACCAUUGGCUUCUUCAUUACCGAAUGGCUACAAGGCCCACGCGCCAUGGCCCCCUUCAGCAUUCUCAAACAGCGCACGACAUGGAGCAACGCCCUUUUCUGCCUCAUCUCCUACGCCGCCCUCUACCAAGUCAUGUUCUACCUCCCCAUCUACUUCCAGUCCAUCCACGGGCAAUCCGCCGUGAAAAGCGGCGUCAACACCCUCCCGUUCCUGGCCCUGUUCGCCCUCGGCGCCGUCGUCAGCGGCGCCGUCAUCGGCAAAACCCGCUACACACAGCCCUACGAGCUCCUCGGCGCCCUCAUCAUGACCGCCGGCAUGGCCCUCAUCUAUACCCUGGACGUCGACUCCUCCCAGGCCAUGUACAUCGGCGCCGAGGUGCUCUUCGGCUUCGGCGUCGGCAUCUGCAACCAGAUCCCCAUGACCGCUGUGCAGGGCUUCUCGAAGCUGGAGGAUGUUGCUAGCGCGACGGGGGUCAUGGUUAUGUGCCAAACCCUCAGCGGCGCCUACUUCGUCGCCAUCGCGCAGUCCCUCUUCGCCAACCGGAUGCUGCAGACUGUUCUCGGGGGUGCAUCGCACCUCGACCCGGCUCUGGUCUUGGGCGCCGGCGCCUCUGAGCUGCAGGAAAUGUUUAGUGGAGAUGAUCUGACGGAGGUGAUUGCCGCGUAUAUGGUGGGGAUUAAGGACGUGUUUGCGUUUUCGUUGGCGUGCGCGGCUUUUUCGGUCCUCUUGUCGUUGAUUAUUCCGUUUAAGAGGCUGCCGGAUCAUGGGGGGUCGGUGGCGGAGGUAGAGGCGGAGGGGAAGGGGGAGGAGAAGGUGGAGGGGGUUGAGGGGGAGAAGUGA